ACCUCCUGUCCGCGCAGAGAGCGCACUUGUGCGGAGCAAAGGCUGGCCGCUGGGAAGGAGGAUCUCUUUGUCCACCUAUGGCUCUUUGACUUUUAGGACUUUUUUUUUUUUUUCCUUCUUAAUUCUGGACCGUGGACGGGUCGUGUAUAAAUAAAAACGAAAAUCACCUGAAGUCGCCCAGAAGUUGUGUUCACUGGUGGGCGCCUGACGAUGGAGAUGCAAAGGUGGUCCACACGGUGGAAAACGAAAAGAUGCUUUCUGGAUUCCGCGUUUUUCUUCACUUUGACUCUGGUCCUGCAGACUGCUGAGGUCCGAGCAGCAGAGCCAGUCGACGUCCUAAAAGUAUUAGCGUUUCAAAAUUACCCCGAAGGAGUGACAAAAACAUCCGGGUUCUGUGCAAACCGAAGAGCAUCGCAGCCAGACUCAGCUUACAGAGUCUCCAAUCAGAUCCAGAUCAGCGCCCCCACUUCCCAGUUAUUCCCUGGUGGUGUUUUCCCAGAGGAUUUUUCCAUCCUGAGCACAGUGCGUCCCAAAUCUGGCCUGCAGUCCUUCCUGCUGUCCGUUUACAACAAGCAGGGGGUCCAGCAACUGGGCGUGGAGGUGGGGCGCUCACCUGUGUUCUUGUAUGAGGAUCAGAGCGGCAGUCCAGCCCCGGAGGACUACCCGCUGUUCCGAGGGCUCAACCUGGUUGAUGGGAAAUGGCACCGUGUGGCCAUCAGCGUGGAGAAGAAGACGGUUACCAUCAUUGUAGACUGUAAGAAGAAGAUCACCAAACCUCUCCUCAGGAGUGACCAAGCUUCCAUCAGCACUAACGGCAUCACGGUGUUUGGCACCAGGAUUCUGGACGAGGAGGUUUUCCAGGGCGACAUCCAGCAGCUUCUGAUUGCUGAUGAUCCCAAAGCAGCGUACGACUACUGUGAACACUACAGCCCAGACUGUGACACCCCCCACAGGGACUCCCUGCAGGCCCAGGAGCCAGAAGAGUACACUACUGAUGAUUUAGAUUACUCACAGUUCUAUGAUUACGUCGAGGGCCCGACGGAGGUCAUCCCAACUGAUGAGUAUUCUGAACCGCAGCUAAACAAUAUAGAGGGAGAUUACAAUACAGACACUGACUACGGGACUGUAGACGAUACUCAGACUCAGUCCCCCGUUGCCACGAGCGGACCCAACGAGGCUGAGGGGGAGGAUGUUGUCGGUGCGUUUGUCACCGCCGCCCCUCCCGUUGCUCCGGAGCCGAGUACCGAGUCCCAAACGGUGGCCGGCUCGGACGCCGGCGCCGAAGCGUUCGACUUCAAGGAGUACGACCUGAACGAGUACGACCUGGGUGAGGUUGACAGCAAGUUGUAUGAUUACGGCACGUACGAUGAGUUCGCCCCGUCCAAAGCCCCGGCGGCCUACGAUGACGAGGUGGGGCUUGGGGUCGCUGCGGAAACUGACUUUUCUGAAAGUACCGUUGCCGGUUCUGAAGCAGCUUAUGGCCAGAAGGGCGAGAAGGGCGAACCGGCUGUGAUCGAACCUGGCAUGCUGAUCGAAGGACCACCAGGACCACCGGGCCAAGCUGGUCUUCCAGGACCUUCGGGCCUACAAGGACCCCCAGGCGUCGCUGGAGAUCCUGGUGACAGAGGUCCUCCUGGUCGUCCCGGUCUAGCAGGUGCAGAUGGUUUGCCGGGACCUCCUGGUACCAUGUUGAUGCUGCCGUUUCGUUUUGGAGGGGACGGUGAGAAGGGGCCAGUGGUGUCAGCACAAGAAGCCCAGGCACAGGCCAUCCUUUCCCAGGCCAGACUGGCCAUGAGGGGACCCCCAGGGCCGAUGGGUUUAACUGGAAGAUCUGGACCCGUGGGCCCACCUGGUCCGAGUGGACUGAAAGGUGAUGGGGGAGACUCCGGUCCUCAGGGGCCCCGGGGCACCCAGGGCCCUCCGGGACAACCUGGCAAGUCCGGCAAACGGGGUCGCGCUGGUGCUGAUGGAGCUCGAGGGAUGCCUGGAGAGCCGGGUUCCAAGGGUGACAGAGGCUUCGACGGGCUCCCCGGGCUGCCCGGUGAAAAGGGCCACAGGGGGGAGGUGGGACCAAUGGGACCUGUGGGAGCCCCUGGAGAGGACGGGCAGAGAGGGGAGGACGGAGAGAUCGGGCCCAGAGGACUGGCUGGAGAGAGUGGUCCUAGAGGUUUGCUGGGACCCCGCGGCUCUCCUGGACCCCCUGGAGUUCCUGGUGUCGCCGGAGUCGACGGACCUCCCGGUCCCAAAGGAAACAUGGGACCUCAAGGAGAGCCCGGCCCACCGGGUCAGCAGGGAAUCCCAGGAACUCAGGGUCUUCCUGGUCCUCAAGGUCCGAUCGGACCACCGGGAGAAAAAGGACCUCUGGGCAGGUCGGGGUUACCUGGAUUACCUGGAGCUGACGGGCCCCCGGGUCAUCCUGGUAAGGAGGGUCCAGCUGGAGAGAAAGGUGCACAGGGUCCACCGGGUCCCCAAGGUCCUAUUGGCUAUCCCGGCCCUCGUGGUGUCAAGGGUGCUGAUGGUGUCCGUGGUCUGAAAGGAUCCAAAGGAGAGAAGGGCGAGGAUGGUUUCCCAGGUUUCAAAGGGGACAUGGGGAUUAAAGGUGACCGGGGUGAAAUUGGCAUGCAUGGACCCCGAGGAGAGGACGGACCGGAGGGGCCUAAAGGUAGAGCUGGUCCCAAUGGAGAGUCCGGACCCCUUGGUCCAGCCGGAGAGAAAGGUAAACUGGGAGUUCCAGGAUUGCCAGGAUACCCUGGAAGACAAGGACCAAAGGGCUCAAGUGGAUUCCCUGGCUUCCCUGGAGCCAAUGGAGAGAAAGGAGCAAGAGGCAUUGCUGGGAAAGCUGGACCAAGAGGACAAAGAGGUCCAACGGGUCCUCGUGGUGCUCGAGGAGCCAGAGGCCCGACAGGAAAAUCUGGUCCAAAGGGCACAGCAGGAAACGAUGGUCCUCCAGGCCCGCCCGGCGAGAGAGGACCCCAAGGACCACAGGGACCAGUGGGCUUCCCUGGACCAAAGGGCCCCCCAGGACCACCUGGGAAGGACGGGCUGCCCGGACACCCUGGUCAACGUGGAGAGACGGGUUUCCAAGGAAAAACUGGUCCACCAGGCCCAGGGGGCGUUGUUGGUCCUCAGGGACCCACCGGAGAGACCGGUCCUGUUGGUGAGCGAGGACACCCCGGACCUCCAGGACCACCCGGAGAGCAAGGUCUUCCAGGGGCUGCUGGGAAGGAAGGAGCCAAGGGAGAUCCUGGACCACAAGGUUCCUCUGGUAAAGAUGGGCCCCCAGGCCUUCGAGGCUUCCCGGGAGAGAGAGGUCUACCUGGCGCCACGGGUCCAUCAGGUUUGAAAGGAGGAGAGGGGCCCCAGGGUCCGCCCGGUCCUGUUGGUUCUCCUGGUGAGAGAGGUUCUGCUGGUCCAGCUGGUCCAAUUGGCCUGGCUGGUAGACCAGGUCCGCAGGGACCCCCGGGUCCUGCAGGAGAGAAAGGUGCACCGGGGGAGAAAGGACCUCAGGGUCCAGCAGGUCGGGACGGGGUCCAGGGUCCUGUGGGUCUUCCUGGGCCUGCUGGACCCCAGGGCCCACCUGGUGAGGAUGGUGACAAGGGAGAGGCUGGAGAGCCCGGCCAGAAAGGAAGUAAAGGUGACAAAGGAGAGCAGGGUCCUCCUGGACCAGCUGGUCUCCAGGGUCCCAUAGGUGCUCCAGGUCCUGCUGGAGCUGAUGGAGAGCCUGGUCCUAGAGGCCAGCAGGGCAUGUUCGGGCAGAAAGGAGACGAAGGCCCCAGAGGUUUCCCUGGACCCCCAGGACCCAUUGGUCUGCAGGGCCUUCCUGGACCUCCAGGUGAAAAGGGAGAGAACGGUGACGUUGGACCCAUGGGUCCGCCUGGUCCCCCUGGUCCCAGAGGUCCCCAGGGUCCGAGCGGAGCUGAUGGUCCACAAGGUCCUCCAGGUGGUGUGGGUCCCAUGGGGUCUGUGGGUGAGAAGGGAGAGCAAGGUGAAGCGGGAAACCCGGGACCACCUGGAGAGCCUGGAACUGGGGGUCCUAAAGGUGAGAGAGGAGAGAAAGGCGAGGCUGGCCCCCCUGGAGCUGCUGGACCUGCUGGAGCCAAAGGACCCCCUGGAGAUGAUGGUCCAAAGGGCAACCCAGGUCCUGUUGGAUUCCCUGGAGACCCAGGCCCUCCUGGAGAGCCAGGUGUUGCUGGAACUGAUGGAGAACCAGGGGAGAAAGGAGAUGACGGGGAAGCUGGUCAACCAGGACCUCCGGGUCCAUCCGGAGAGGCUGGUCCACCUGGUCCACCCGGCAAGAGGGGACCCCCAGGGGCCGCUGGAGCAGAGGGCAGACAAGGAGAGAAGGGCGCCAAGGGUGAAGCAGGUGCCGAGGGCCCAGCUGGUAAAACAGGACCCGUCGGCCCUCAGGGACCACCUGGGAAGCCCGGUCCAGAGGGUCUGCGUGGAAUCCCCGGCCCUGUCGGUGAACAAGGACUUCCCGGAGCUCCAGGACAGGAUGGUCCACCAGGUCCCAUGGGUCCUCCGGGUCUUCCAGGUCUGAAAGGUGACCCAGGGUCCAAAGGUGAAAAGGGUCACCCAGGUUUAAUCGGUCUGAUCGGACCCCCUGGAGAGCAAGGAGAGAAGGGAGAUCGAGGCUUGCCUGGACCCCAGGGUUCUCCUGGUGGCAAGGGUGACUCUGGUGUCAGCGGAGCUUCCGGGCCUCUUGGACCCCCAGGUCCCCCUGGUUUACCUGGUCCUCAAGGUCCCAAAGGAACCAAAGGGUCAUCUGGUCCUGCUGGUCCAAAAGGAGACACUGGUUCAAUGGGUCCUCCUGGUCCUCCUGGCCCACCAGGUGAGGUGAUCCAGCCCCUCCCCAUUCAGUCGCCCAAGAAGACAAAGCGUUCCAGCGACGUGCAAGCAGACAUGGCUGCCACCUUCAUGGAUUACGGCAUGGAGGACAUCUUUGGCUCGCUCAACAACCUCAAACAGGACAUCGAGCGAAUGAAAUACCCCAUGGGGACGCAAAACAACCCGGCCAGGACCUGCAAAGACCUGCAGCUCUGCCACCCCGAGUUCCCCGAUGGCGAGUACUGGAUCGAUCCCAACCAAGGCUGCUCAGGAGAUUCCUUCAAAGUCUACUGCAACUUCACUGCUGGCGGGGAAACCUGCAUCUAUCCUGACAAGAAGUCCAACGGAGUCAGAAUCUCCUCCUGGCCCAAAGAGGUUGCAGGUUCAUGGUUCAGCGAAUUUAAACGUGGAAAAAUAUUUUCGUAUGCUGACCUAGAUGGAAACUCUAUAAACAUGGUGCAGAUGACCUUCCUCAGACUACUGACGGCCUCAGCCAGGCAAAACUUCACCUACAGCUGCCACCAGUCUGUGGCGUGGCACGACGAGUCCACCAACAGUUACGAUAAGGCGCUAAGAUUCUUGGGCGCCAACGACGAGGAGAUGUCUCGCGACAAUAACCCGUACAUUACAGCCAUCUUAGAUGGAUGUUCGACAAGGAAGGGCUAUGGAAAGACUGUGUUGGAGAUUAAUACUCCCAAAAUCGAUCAGGUUCCAAUCAUGGAUGUCAUGUUGACUGACUUUGGGGACCCUAACCAGAAGUUUGGGUUUGAAGUUGGACCUGUCUGCUUCCUUGGCUAAAAAAAGUAAAACGUAAAACAAAAAAAGGACUUGAUGAGGACAGCAAAGAACGUCAAGUCGAGACAUUCUGGGUGCCACCAAACCCCACUUUUAGCCCCCCUCCCCCACUCUUUCUAUGCCACAUGCAAGUUUUGAAUAAGAGAUGGUGUAACAAACUUUCCAUGUAUGUAUCUUAGGAAAACCCUUGUUGCCCUCAUAGGGCUUGAACCACAUGACUUAACAGCGUUAUGGAACAAAGGUGAAGGACGUUGGAGUGCGU